AUGGCGAAUUCCAUCAACCCUACAUCCAUCCCCUCCAUCACUAACCUGCGGGAGCAACUCGACUAUGGCGAUCCUCACCUGCCAAGAUGCCAGGCAUUCUAUGAUAGUGUUCGGGUCUUCCGUAAAACGUUCGUAACAAACCAAGGUUGGGAAGGCAGCACGAUUCACGAGUGGCGGUCUCGGGAACACCGAAGUGCUCUGAGUGAGAUGGCACGAGCAUAUCUUGAGCGUCAUGGCAAUGGGCAACUAUUCUGGCCAGACGACGACGCCCAAGGUCGAGCCAACAAGCUCAAGUACUCUACUGAUUGCAUACGGAUCAAGAGAAUCAUGCAGCAGCUUUUCUGGCGACUGAAUCUCCAACAACAUCGCAAUGCCAAAUACAAGAAGAACAAAGAAAAGGCAGGCAGCGUCGAUAUAAUGAGUGGAAGAGGUCUCAGUCACGAAGAUCCAAUAGACCUAGAUGUCGCUGAGGAUAGACUUGAGAGUCCCAUCUUGACGGGAAUGCCUGACAGCUCGAGGUCAACUACGGUCCCUGAACCUACUCUCCAUCCCGAGGAUGUCGACGCGAGCGUUAUAGAUCCUGCCUUGGGCGAUCCUCAACAAGAUUUGCGGAAUGGGCGUGAAGUCAGCAGAGAUCCGUACCUAGUUCCCAAAAGUCCAGACUUACACGUCCAAGACACUUCAAACCAGAACCAGAACCAGAACCAGAACAUCUUUGCCAGCACGUCGUCUGCUAUCCCAAACGACGAGCGUCAAUUCGCGCCCUACGCUGACAUGGGCCCUCCUACCAAGCGACCAAGGCUUGAUAAUGCAAAGUCUUCACGUACGACGUCGAUGAAGAGGGCCGGCAAAACUCCCAUUGGUCUGCGAACAACUAGGAUCUCGCCGCGCAAGCGGAAGUUGCGUCAGCAACAAGGUUUCCCACCACCCGAGGAACUGACCGUGAUCUUCCAAUCUUUAGAGGACCACUCAAGCCCGGAAAUUGUCGACGGCCCCACGGCUUCUGAAUCGCACUCAGCUGCUGCUGACGUCUCGUCCACGAGCCUUCAGAGGGCACCAAAUCCCUUCCGUGCCACUGUUGAGGAUGUCACGGACGAAGACGGCUCUGUGAAUGCUUUUGUUGAUGAAGCACUCAUCCAACUGAACACCGAAACUGAGAUGCCUCCACCUCAGUCAAAAGACAGCCCCAACAGCACUAGACCUUCAGCACCAGUGCAGCCAACUGAAGCGACACCUGGCGAUUCACUCCCAACAGUCGCUGCUGCGGGACAAACUGACCGGGUCUCUUCACCUGUGGCGAUCAAAAGCGCAGAGACAAUCGUCGAAAAGGCAGUCAUGAUCAACCAUGCACCGCAGACAACCACGUCGCGGCAAUCGCAAGUAGACUUCGUGUACCGCGUGAUUAUCCGUCAACCAACUCGCCGAAGCUACAUUUGGAAGCCAAAAGGAAGCUUCCGGAGCAAGACGCUCGCCGAACUAGUACAGGAGCUGCCAGGGCUGCCAUUGCAGUUCGAGUGGUCCGAGCUCAAAUACCUGCUUUUUCGGCUGGUAGCCCGGAACACCGAAGUAGAGGAAACAGUCCCUUGUUGGAAAGAAGACGGCUUCGAGUCUCUGAAGCGACUUCUCACGAGUUUCAUCCGGGCUUGCAUCGCAGAAACACCCCGUGGAGAGGUGGUUUGCGUCUAUAUCGAUAUUGAGCCUUUGGCAACGUUGGAUUCUGUGGAGGAGGCAGCAGAUGUAGAAGAACUUGGUUUUGAAUGGUGA